GAAACCUUGGACGCUGGCACUGCAAGGCAGGGGUGUUCUCAGAAAGGGGACAUAGAGAAGGGCAGUGAGGGAGGGGGGGGUUAGAUUGUGGGUCUAACCCCUUUGGAAAAAUCAAAGCAAAAUUUAAUGCAGUGGAACAAGGGGAACAGUUUAGGGGAGAUGGCACAUGGGGGUCACCGGCAGAAGACCGGCUUUAAGAGAACACAUUCAUGCCAAGGAGGAAAAGAGAUGGUGUGACGAACAGAAGGGAUCAGAAGCAGAGGAGAAGGAGGAGGAGAGAUUGGAGUCAGAAGCUAGAUCAGAUAUGUUUGAAGUUGGGAUUGAAACAGUGAAAGGAGAGAAAGGGGAACUAGGGUUGCAAGGAAGGAAGCGACAGAAGAUGUCAGUUGAGAUACAGAUAACAGUGUGAGUGGGCUGAUAUUGGAAAGUGUGCAGCAGAGAAUAGCUCAACCAAGACCUGGGGAAGCCAGAAACCAUUCUCUGGAGAAGGAGAGGACCUCAAGGGUGGGGUGAAGUUUGAAUCAUGGCUCCAUAUCUCAUCCCAGGAUCCCUGUAGCUGCCCGGCAAGCCAUGGAGAAACUAUUGCCACUGCCUGCAGGGGACAAUGAACCCAUUGUCCAUUGUAGGGGGCAUUCCCAGAAGGACUGCUGCGAGCGGGUGGUGAUCAAUGUUUCAGGCCUACGCUUCGAGACUCAAGUGAAGACUUUGCGCCAGUUCCCUGACACCCUACUGGGUGACCCGUGCCGCCGCCUGCGCUACUACGACCCACUGCGCAAUGAAUAUUUCUUUGACCGCAACCGGCCCUGCUUCGACUCCAUCCUGUAUUAUUACCAAUCGGGCGGGCGGCUCCGCCGGCCGGCCAACAUCCCCAUUGAUGUUUUCCUGGAGGAACUCAAGUUCUACCAGCUGGGGGAGGAAGCGCUCUCCAAAUUCCGUGAUGAUGAAGGUUUCAUGAAGGAAGAAUCGCAGCCCAUGCCUGACAGGGAGUUCCUCAAACAAGUCUGGCUGCUCUUUGAGCAUCCGGAAACUUCCCAGGCUGCCCGCAUCAUCGCAAUCAUCUCAGUGUUGGUCAUCCUCAUCUCCAUUGUGAUCUUCUGUCUGGAGACCCUGCCCGAGUUUCGAGAUGACAGGGACAUCUCAUUGCCGCUUGUCCACCAUCGUUUGAAUAGCAGCGGGCCGCACGCCCUGCCACCGUUGAAAUCCCAUGCAGAAGACCCCUUCUUCAUCGUAGAGACCAUUUGCAUCUGCUGGUUCUCCUUUGAGCUCUUAGUGCGGUUCAUGGCCUGCCCUAGUAAGCCAGCUUUCUUCAAAGACAUCAUGAACAUGAUUGAUUUUGUGGCCAUCAUCCCUUACUUCGUGGCCCUCGGCACUGAGUUUGCGCGCCAGCGUGGUGUGGGCCAGCCAGCCAUGUCGUUGGCGAUCCUCAGGGUCAUCCGGCUGGUGAGGGUCUUCCGAAUCUUCAAGCUCUCCAGGCACUCCAAAGGGCUGCAGAUCCUGGGGCAGACCCUCAAGGCCAGCAUGAGGGAACUUGGCUUGCUCAUCUUCUUCCUCUUCAUCGGAGUCAUCCUCUUCUCCAGUGCUGUCUACUUUGCUGAAGCCGACCAUGAUGACACAAACUUCACCAGCAUCCCUGCAGCCUUCUGGUGGGCAGUGGUCACCAUGACGACAGUGGGCUACGGCGACAUGUACCCUGAGACUGUCGGUGGCAAAAUUGUGGGUUCCCUGUGUGCCAUUGCUGGGGUGCUCACCAUCUCCCUCCCAGUGCCCGUCAUCGUCUCCAACUUCAGCUACUUCUACCACCGCGAGACAGAGUGUGAGGAUCAAGGCCAAUACACCCACAUUACUACCUGCUCAUACAGCCCACCGCCAUCCCCGGCCCCUGCUGCCAUCCGGGAGAAGGCUCACCAUGGGGAGAAACACCAUGAGGACUCAGCGCUAACGACGCCCAAUUCAGAAUUGCUAGAUGGCAUGGUGCCCAUGGGCAACUCGGAAGUGCCCAACAAACGUCUCGUGACCGAAGUGUGAGGACCCUGUCCAUCCAAGCAACUGAUCCCCACACCCUACCCUGACCUGAACUGACCUUCCCUGCAUCUCAGUGUCUUUAACUGGAAGGCUCUACAUAAUAAGACAAUUAGCCAAAGGACUGGUCUCUGAUUGGUCCUAAAACUCGAGAGAGCAUCAUAGGUUCUGAAAGAACAUUUCCCAUCCGUUUUGGAGAUUGGGCUGGAGAGACAGCUGCACUAAAUUUGGGAUAUGGCAAGUCACAGUGGGUCGUCACUGGCACAGACAUAUUCAGCAAGGGGGGUAGGGAAGGAGUCACAUGGACUAAGU